AUGGGAGAGUGUAGGCCUCUGGGAUUCUUACUGGGAUUACCAUUUGCUCUGGUUGCUUUGGUUCUAUCUCUCGUUGGUGCUGUCAUCUGGAUCAUUGGGACAAUAUUGAGUUGUUUGUGCCCAUGUUGCUUCUGUUUUGCUGCGCUGGCUAACUUGGCUGUUGGUCUCAUCAAACUUCCAGUCAAUAUCCUCCGUUGGUUUACCAACUCCAUUCCUUGUUAA